AUGCCAAGGAUCAAGUCCAUGACAACUGGGUCUAUUCCUUCUUUUGUUGACCUCAUCUUGAAUUUCGAUGAAGCCGAUACUUCAUCAACUCUCGCAUCUCAGGACACCUGGCUAGCUCAGAUCAAGGCCAAGCAAAUGGGCAAGCUCCUGAUGUACGGGGAUGAUACUUGGCUGAAGUUAUUUCCAAACACCUUUGAUCAUGAAGAUGGAACUUCCAGUUUCUUUGUAGCGGACUUUACUGAAGUGGACAACAAUGUCACCAGAAACAUUGCUCCUGAGCUGGAGAACAACGACUGGGGACUCAUGGUCCUCCACUACCUUGGCCUGGAUCAUAUCGGACAUAAGGCCGGACCCAAAAGCUCGAAUAUGGUUCCAAAACAGCAAGAGAUGGACGGCAUCGUCCAGACUCUUUUUGAAGCUAUGGAGACCAAGCCGCAUUUGGAUUCAACCCUGCUUGUUCUAUGUGGUGAUCACGGAAUGAACGAUGCUGGGAACCAUGGUGCUUCUUCACCUGGCGAAACAUCGCCCGCUCUGGUUUUCAUGUCUCCUAAACUCAAGUCGAUCUCCUCGAAGCUCCCUGCACCAGCUCAGCCAAAGGAUGAAUUUGACUACUACUCUAUGGUUGAGCAAUCUGACUUGGCACCGACUAUCGCUGCUUUGCUAGGUUUCCCUGUAUCAAAGAACAACCUCGGAGCUUUCAUUCCUGACUUCCUCCCCUUCUGGCACAAGACUAGUGACCAGGUCCAGAUCCUCGUCCGCAACGCUCGACAAAUUCUCAACAUUGUUACGGCUGCAUUUGGUGGCGAGCUCUUCGAUUCAAAGAGCAACGUUGACCCAUGUUCUCUGGAGAAGACUGAAAUCAACGAGCUGGCUUGCCAAUGGCGGAAGAUUGACAGAGAGGCUCACGUUCUUGCAACCGGCGACAGUUUAGACCAGAAAUGGCUUGACGAAACGUCUCAGUGGCUUCGACGGGCUCAAGAUUUGAUGAGUAGCAUGGCUUCCAACUACGAUAUGCCAAAGUUGUAUAUUGGUCAAGCGAUUGCUGCCAUUGCUGCAAUCGCAAGCGCAACGGUAGUCGUUAGUCUUGGGGCUCACCGCGAUGGCCAAAUUCUCCCUUUUAGUCUCCUGACCUUAGCUUACGGCGCGAUGAUGUACGCCAGUAGUUAUGUCGAGGAGGAACAGCAUUUCUGGUAUUGGUGCUCAAGCAUCUGGCUUUUACUCCAGGGCGUGCUACAUGUCCGAAGAAAGAACAGUCUGGAAGAGGCUGCUUGGGUCAUCGUCGCCCUCGCGGCGUUAAGAAUUACCAGAGGCUGGAAUCAAACCGGACAGAAGUUCGCGGGAAACCCUGACAUUGUCAAAAGCUUCAUCGUCACGCACCCGCAAUUUCUUUGGGGCAUCAUCACUUUCGGAUACAUGAUCUUGUCGUUCCGACUGCUCGCUCGUCUCAAAAGUCUCCCCUCCUUGGCGAGCACGAGUAUCACUUCAGUUCUGCUCAUGUCGGCUUAUAGCUUCAAGCUUGACUUCACUAGUGAAGAUGCUCCUGAGCUUGUUGUUGGCUUCGCCAGGAGCUUGAACGAUCUAUUCGUAGGCCAGUCGUUGCUUUGGAGAGCCAGAACCGCUUUCAUACUCCUUGGUAUCCUGUUUGGAUAUGGCAUCUACCGAUCGUUCACCGGUGGCCGGAACGGACAGAUGCAAUCAGCAUACCUCUUCCACCAUCUUUAUACUAUUUUUGGCAUGACCCAAUCUCGUGCUACCAACAUCCCUCUCUUCCUCCUCUCUGACAUUCUCUUCCAUGCACUCCAAGCCACGGACCUCUCUGUGACUGGAAUCACCAUAACAGCUAUUCUCCUUCAGUACACCACUUUCUUUGCCUUUGGCGGCUCAAACGCCAUCUCCUCAGUCGAUCUUUCAAGUGCCUAUAAUGGCAUCAGUGGCUUUAACUUCUUUGCUGUUGGCUUCCUCACUCUCGUCAGCAACUGGGCCGGGCCUAUCUUUUGGACCUCGGCUGCUAAUUUACUCUUACUUCGCAAGUAUCACGAGGGCCAGCGCAAUGCGUUCUUGCAGUAUAUUACCCUACAAACUGUGUUUGUCUCGGCAUCAGUUGCAUUGGUUAUGGCAGCUUGCACUUCGCUAAGAACGCAUCUUUUUAUCUGGACUGUUUUCUCGCCCAAGUACCUUUACUGCAUGGCCUGGAGUUUAGGUCAACACUUGCUGAUCAAUAUCGGUUUUGGCGGUUUGCUCUUCUGGCUAGGGUCACGCAACUAA